GGAACCCGCGCCUGCGCUCUGCCCCGGCGGCAGCCCUUUGGACGCUCCGAGCGUGCUGGCCGGAGGGCGCGGGCGUCCCAGUCCUGCUGCGUCGAGUCGGUGGCGUGAGGCGUCCUUGAGCUGAGGACCAUGAACCGCAGCCGCCAGGUGACGUGCGUGGCCUGGGUCCGCUGUGGCGUGGCCAAGGAGACGCCAGACAAGGUAGAGCUAAGUAAAGAAGAAGUAAAACGUCUCAUUGCUGAAGCAAAGGAAAAAUUACAAGAAGAAGGUGGCAGUGAUGAAGAGGAGGCAGGUGAUCCUUCAGAAGAUGGCAUGCAGAGUGCACGUACCCAGGCACGACCAAGGGAGCCCCUGGAGGAUGGCGACCCAGAGGACGACAGGACGCUGGAUGAGGAUGAGCUGGCUGAGUACGACUUAGAUAAAUACGAUGAGGAGGGCGACCCAGAUACUGAAACUCUUGGUGAAUCUCUCUUGGGCCUUACAGUCUAUGGGAGUAAUGAUCAAGAUCCUUAUGUGACUCUGAAAGAUACGGAGCAGUAUGAACGUGAUGAUUUCUUGAUUAAGCCCAGUGACAAUCUCAUAGUCUGUGGCAGAGCUGAACAGGACCAGUGCAACUUAGAGGUGCAUGUUUAUAAUCAAGAAGAAGAUUCUUUCUACGUACACCAUGAUAUACUGUUGUCUGCAUACCCUCUGAGUGUGGAAUGGCUCAACUUUGAUCCUAGCCCAGAUGAUUCUACUGGAAAUUAUAUUGCUGUGGGGAACAUGACCCCUGUCAUUGAGGUGUGGGACCUUGAUAUAGUGGACUCGCUGGAGCCAGUCUUCACCCUUGGAAGCAAGCUAUCAAAGAAGAGGAAAAAGAAAGGAAAGAAGAGUUCCUCAGCAGAAGGGCAUACUGAUGCAGUCCUGGACCUUUCUUGGAAUAAGCUGAUCAGAAAUGUGCUGGCAAGCGCAUCAGCUGACAACACUGUAAUUCUGUGGGACAUGUCCUUGGGGAAACCAGCAGCGAGCCUUGCCGUACACACAGACAAGGUCCAGACUCUGCAGUUUCAUCCGUUUGAAGCACAGACUCUGAUUUCUGGAUCAUAUGAUAAGUCAGUGGCUUUGUUUGACUGCCGCAGCCCCGAGGACAGCCAUCGAAUGUGGCGGUUCAGUGGGCAGAUCGAGAGAGUGACCUGGAAUCACUUUUCACCGUGUCAUUUUCUGGCCAGUACGGAUGACGGCUUUGUAUACAAUUUGGAUGCACGUUCAGAUAAGCCAAUUUUUACACUUAAUGCACACAAUGAUGAAAUCUCUGGUCUUGAUCUAAGCAGUCAGAUCAAGGGCUGUCUGGUGACGGCAUCAGCAGACAAGUAUGUGAAGAUCUGGGACAUACUAGGAGACAGGCCGAGUCUGGUUCACUCCAGGGACAUGAAAAUGGGUGUUCUCUUCUGUUCUUCCUGUUGCCCUGAUUUGCCAUUUAUUUAUGCCUUUGGGGGUCAGAAGGAAGGGCUUCGGGUCUGGGAUAUAAGCACAGUCUCUUCAGUAAAUGAAGCAUUUGGAAGACGAGAGAGGCUUGUUCUCGGCAGUACAAGAAAUUCAUCUAUUUGUGGCCCUUUUGGGAGCAGGAGCUCAGACAUACCAAUGGAGUCUUAAAGAAGAUCAUACAUUUCCUGUUUUGUUACUGUAACUGUUUUAAAAAGCUGCCUAGAAAUGUUCCAUGUGUAGCUACAGCCAUGCAGUGACUCAAACAAAAUACUGCCUGACAUUCCUCUCUGCAGCUAUGGUGGCAGCACAAACAGGGCUGGUCUUUGUGCUCACCUUUUGAGUGUGUGGUAUAGAGAGCUCCUGUUGCAUUUCUUGGAAAGGAUAAUAAAAAAGGUUUCUAAAAAUUCCUUAAAUAUGC